CUCAAAUAGCGUCCAAUCAGAGGAGAGCAUGAGCUUGAUAUAAAAACCCCACAAAGCCGAUUAUUUCUGGACACCAUUAUCAGUCUUUGUGUGGGUUCUGGUGGACUUUAGGAAGGAUUAAUCCCGUUUUCCCAAAGAAACUCAGUAUAAGGUAGACGCAAUCAUGCCUUUCGGUAACACUCACAAUCAGCUGAAGAUGAACUACACCGCCGAGCAGGAGUAUCCCGACCUCAGCAAGCACAACAACCACAUGGCGAAGGUGCUGACGCUUGAGAUGUACGCAAACCUUCGGGACAAACAAACUCCCAGCGGAUUUACCGUGGAUGACGUCAUUCAAACCGGAGUUGACAACCCAGGGCAUCCUUUCAUCAUGACGGUGGGCUGUGUUGCUGGAGACGAGGAGACAUAUGAGGUGUUCAAAGAACUUCUGGAUCCCGUCAUUGAGGAUCGUCAUGGUGGAUAUAAACCCACAGACAAACACAAGACUGACCUGAACCCAGACAACCUCCAGGGCGGAGAUGACCUUGACCCCAACUACGUUCUGAGCUCCAGAGUGCGAACUGGCAGGAGCAUCCGUGGCUUCUGCCUCCCUCCUCACUGCAGCCGUGGGGAGAGACGCGGCAUUGAGAGUCUGUCCGUUGAGGCUUUGGGAUCCCUUGAUGGCGAUCUUAAGGGAAAGUACUAUGCCCUCAAGGACAUGACAGAGGAGGAGCAGCAGCAGCUGAUUGAUGACCACUUCCUGUUUGAUAAGCCUGUGUCCCCACUGCUGCUGGCCUCUGGGAUGGCCCGUGACUGGCCCGAUGGCAGAGGGAUCUGGCACAAUGACAAUAAGACAUUCCUGGUCUGGGUGAAUGAGGAAGACCAUCUUCGUGUCAUCUCAAUGCAGAAAGGUGGCAACAUGAAGGAAGUCUUCAAUCGCUUCUGCACAGGCCUCACAAAGAUUGAGGAAUUGUUCAAAGAGAAGGGCCAUGAGUUCAUGUGGAACGAGCACUUGGGCUACGUCCUAACCUGCCCCUCCAACCUGGGCACAGGGUUGCGUGGUGGCGUUCAUGUCAAACUUCCCAACGUCAGUAAGCAUGAGAAAUUCGGUGAGAUCCUCAAGCGACUGAGGCUCCAAAAGCGUGGAACAGGUGGAGUGGACACUGCUGCAGUAGGUGGUGUCUUUGACAUCUCCAACGCAGACCGUUUGGGCUUCUCUGAGGUUGAGCUGGUUCAGAUGGUGGUGGAUGGAGUUAAGCUGCUUAUAGAGAUGGAGAAACGCCUGGAGGCAGGCCAGUCGAUCGAUGACCUUAUGCCUGAGCAGAAGUGAACACUUCGUGACUCCUAACUUAACUCCUUCCCUGCCUCCACCAGUACUCCCUUCCUCCAGUACCAAUAAUCUUAAUUCCAUCAAGGAACAUACACUCCACCCAAACGGUAGUGGCACUAAAGUUAGACGAGUCUUCCAUCAGUGUGAAGGAUUUUGUAUCUCAAACGUCCUGCAAUGUUGAAGAUGGAGCUUAACACCAGAAAUAAAGUCUCUUUGGCCCAUGGA